GAUGCAAGUUGGAGUUCUCCACUCAGGUGGCCUCUGACGUCACCGGAAGUGCCUGCGUGCGUGUGGUUUUGUGGAGGCGAAAACUGCGCUCAAGCUUUCAAAACAGAAGUAGAAGAAGCAGCAAACAUGCACGCGCUAAUCCCUAAAGUGUGCACAAGGAGCAACACUCUUGGGAGACGCCUGUGGGGCGUUUGUGUUUCUGGGAAAACUGCAAACGCACAACGCGGCUGCGUGGACGAUGCACGCGAGGCGGCGGCGGAGCGGUACAGCCGAACCUUCGCGGAGGCCCGGGACCGGCCGGAGCAGUACUGGGCCCAAGUGGGCCAGGAUAUUCGCUGGUUCGAACCUUGGAGCAAAACCCUGGACGCGGAGGACCCAAUGUUCCCUCACUGGUUUGCGGGUGGAAAGCUGAACAUGUGCUACAAUGCCGUGGAUCGCCACGUGGAAGACGGCCGCGGCGAGCAGGCGGCCGUCAUCUACGACAGCCCGGUGACUAGCACCAAGCGGAUCAUCACCUACCGGGAACUCCGGGAUCAGGUGUCGCGGCUAGCCGGCGUCCUGGUGAAGAACGGGGUGCGCAAAGGCGACCUGGUGGUCAUCUACAUGCCCAUGGUGCCCCAGGCCAUGUUCGCCAUGUUGGCGUGCGCCCGCGUCGGCGCACCGCACAGCCUCAUCUUUGGCGGCUUCGCCUCCAAAGAGCUUUCGGUGCGCAUCGACCACGCCAAGCCCAAAAUGAUCCUGACCGCCUCGUUCGGGAUCGAGCCGGGCCGCCGAGUGGCCUACGUGCCCCUGCUGGAGAAGGCCUUGGAGCUCAGCUCUCACAGGCCCUCCAAAGUACUCGUCUACUGCAGAGACAACAUGGAGAAAGUGUCCAUGAGCGGGAACUCGUCUCUGGACUGGGACGAGGAGAUGGCGGGCGCCCGACCCCACGACUGCGUCCCCGUCUCCUCCGAGCACCCGCUCUACAUCCUCUACACGUCGGGCACCACCGGAACCCCCAAGGGCGUGGUGAGGGACACCGGGGGGUGCGCUGUGAUGCUGAAGUGGACCAUGUCCAACGUAUACGGACUGCGCCCCGGAGAAGUCUGGUGGGCGGCGUCGGACCUGGGCUGGGUGGUGGGCCACUCGUACAUCUGCUACGCCCCCCUCCUCCACGGAAAUGUCAGCAUCCUCUACGAGGGCAAGCCCGUGGGCACCCCGGGCCCCGGCGCCUUCUUCCGCGUCCUCUCCGAGCACGGCGCCGCCGGCAUGUUCACCGCGCCCACCGCCGUCCGGGCCAUCCGCCAGCAGGACCCCCACGCCCGAAGCGGGGCGGCGUACCCCCUCCCCAGGCUACGCUCCGUCUUCCUGGCGGGAGAGCGCUGCGACGUGGAGACGCUGGAGUGGGCCAAGAGGAGCUUCGGGGCUCCCGUUCUGGAUCACUGGUGGCAGACGGAGACGGGCUCGCCCAUCACGUCCACGUGCGUCGGCCUGGGCGACUCACUGACGCCCCCCGCAGGCCAGGCCGGCAAACCCGUGCCGGGCUACGACGUGACGGUGAUCGACGACCGCAUGCGGCGGGUCAAGCCGGGAACUCUGGGAAAUAUCGUGGUGAGAUUACCUCUGCCGCCCGGCGCCGCGUCAUCUCUGUGGCAGAACCCGGCUCUUUUCAAGGAGAUGUACUUCACUAAAUUCCCGGGCUACUACGACACCAUGGACGCCGGCUUCGUGGACCAGGAGAACUUCCUGUACAUCAUGUCGCGCUCAGAUGAUGUCAUCAACGUGGCUGGACACAGGGUGUCGGCAGGAGCCUUGGAGGAGUCGGUUCUGCAGCACCCGGCGGUGGCCGACUGCGCCGUGGUGGGCUUGGAGGACCCUCUGAAGGGGCACGUGCCCCUCGCCUUGUGCGUCCUCAAAAACGGAGUGCGACAGUGCCAUGACGAGGUGGCGCGCGAGACGGUGAAGCUGGUACGGGACACGGUGGGACCCGUGGCCGCCUUCCGGAGGGUUCUUUUCGUCCGCGGGCUUCCCAAGACGCGUUCCGGAAAAAUUCCACGCUCCUCCUUGGGAAAUCUGGUCAACGGGAAGCCAUACAAGAUCACGCCCACCAUCGAGGACCCCGAAGUGUUCAAGGAGAUCGAGAAAGCUCUGAAGUCGGCCAACAAUUCACUUUAGCACAUUCCUGUUCGAUUUCGAGGGAGGUGCGAUCAUCUGCUCGUCCAGAUUUCAAAUUGCAGAAUUUAAGACGCAUCCUAAAAGGAUUUCACAAUAGUAAGAAGAAAUAAAAUGCAAAAAAAGAUAAAAACGUCAUGAAAGAAAUGGAGCAAGUUCAUAUACAAUUGUAAAAAAAACAAUUCAAAAUAAAACAUCAAAAAAAGCUUGAAUACAAUUAAAAAAAGAAGCAAUUCAAAAUAAAAUACAGAAAAACAAAAAAAUAAGCAAGCUCAAAUAAUAUGAAGAAGAAAAGAAUUAACCAAGGUCAAAUAAGCUUAAAAUGAAAAUAUAAAUGAAGCAAGUUCAAGUUAAAAAAAGAAUACAAAAAUAAAACUCAUGCAAAUUCAAGAAAUGUAGUUCAAACUAAAUUAUAUAAGUUACGAUAAGAUAAAAGUAAAAAUUAAGCAAAUUCAAAUCAAACCAAACCAAGUUCAAAUAAAAUGAAACUCAAAGUUCAAAUAAAAAGAAAUAAGCAAGUUUAAGUAAGAAAAUAAGAUUAAACAAAAUUAAAACUAAAAGGUAGCAAGUUCAAAUAAAACAAAUGUAAAUCAAGCAAGUUCAAAUGAAAUAAAGAAAUAAAAAUGUAAGUAAAAAUAAAAAAUGUCGAACAACUAAAACAAAAAUUAAGCAAGUUCAAAUAAAAACAAAUUGCAAGUUCAAGUAAAAUAAAAAAAAAACAGUUUACAUUUUUUACAUUAUUUUUCAAAUAGUGUUUUGUCAAUGAAACUCCAUCCAUUCACAGUAGUUUUACUUUUUAAUUUCUUUUUUUGCUCACCACUUACUUAAGGUUUUCAACUGACGUACGUACAAGAAUUCAUAAAUAAAUAAAAAUGUAUUUUACACAAAAUGGAACCAU